AUGCUCGUGUGGGGGCCGGCGGAGUUCGGCCUCUCUUUGUGCCCGUCGUCGCGUGGGUCUGUGUUGGGCGAGUUGGUGCGGGUGGGCCUGCCGGAGGUGUGCCGGGUGUCGUUGUGGCGGCGGUGCCGUGGGGCUGCGCAGUCCGGGGUGGUGCAGGCGGCCCUGGAGCGCCUGCGCGUGGAGGCGUUCCGGCUGGGGUUCGGUGCGCUGGGCAAGUUGCUGCCCGCGCUGGCCCCUGGCGGGGGCUGCGGGGCGGUGCGGGGCCGUCGGUGGGGCGGGAGCUGCCGGUCCGGGGCGCGGUGGGGCUGGAAAGUGAGGAGCUGCGGGGCCGCUCCGUCGGGAUUUGGGGCUUCCUCCGCCUUCUUCUCCUCCUCCUCCUCCUCCUCCUCCUCCUCCUUCCUCCUCCGCCUCCUCUGCCGCCGCAGCUCCGGGAUCCCGCUGCGCUCGGAGCCGGGGGGGGGGACGCGCACAAAGGUGCGGGGCGCGCUUGGAGCCCGACGUGUGAGCAGUGCCCAUGCCCCAUUGCCUGCCAGCUGGAUGCCGUCCCCGCUGCACACUGAUGAUGCCCCGUGCACCCCGGUGACCAUUCAGACGGGGACAACACCCGUCUGCAGCCCGGCUGGUGGCCAUUCCCAUUUCUCCAAGCAAAGCCCAGCCCAGCAUUCAAAAUAGAGUCCCUCAAGGUGACGGUUGACUUCCUGAAGGUGCCCCUUGGCCUGAAGAAGCCCCCUCUGAA